CUGGCACCGAUGACCAUGGCGCGUCCCAGCCUCCCGCUGGCGCUCGGCCUGGCCGUGCUUGCACUCUGCCUCCUGGGGCUGCCCCGCAACGCCCGGGCCCGGCCCGGGGAGCGCAAGGUCGGAGAGCGCCGGGACCUGUCGCCCAGCGACCCGCAGGUGCUGAAGGCGGCGCAGAUGGCCGUGGCCACCUUCAACAUGGGCAGCAACAGCAUCUACUACUUCCGCGACACCAACAUCCUCAAAGCGCAGAGCCAGCUGGUGGCUGGUGUCAAGUACUACCUGACCCUGGAGAUGGCGAGCACAGCCUGCAGGAAGAACACUAUGGCUGGAGACCUCACCACCUGCCCUCUGGCUGUGGGAGAGCAGCAGGAGAAGCUGCGCUGCGACUUUGAGGUGCUCGUGGUACCCUGGCAGAACACCUCCAGCCUUCUAAAGCAUGACUGCGUGCCCAUGCAGUAGACCCCUGUGGCGUGGGAGUGGGAGGGAGCCGGCGGGACCAGGCAGAAACGGGCAUCUCGCUGGAGGGCACUUCAGGUCCCUGGGCCACAUCUGUGGCAAUAAAUUGCUAACACUGCUUCUUGAA